GCGGCCCGAGGGGGCGAGCGCGACCGGAGGGACGCACUGGGGACUGUUUAUAGCCCUGUCAGGACCGCGCAGGGAGGGGAGGCGGAGGCCUGAGGUGAGUGGCCUCGGGUCUGCCGCAGCUGCGAAGGGCUGCUUGGAUGAUGGCAUGCUGAGAAUCACCCCGGAGCCUGGGCCCGCAUGGCAUCCCAUGACAAAGAUGAGGAGUCCUCACCUCGCUGGGCCUCCCAGACAGGGCCCUGGGAUGCCAUCCUCAAGGCCGUCAGGGAGCAGCUCCCAUCUCUGGACUCAGAUUCCUCCUCGUCAGACUGCGAGCCAGAGGAGCUGUUCAUCUUCCAGCGAGAUCAAACUGCCCUGAUCCCAGACUUGUCAGAGGAGCUGGCUGAAGAGCCUGCCAGGGCCUGGCUUGCUACGGCCGCUGGGCCUCCUGAGCCAGAUGUGGGGCCUGUGGAAUUCACUGCAGAACCCUGGAGUAAGUGGGGCCCAAAGACAAGGGGUUCUGCCUCUCUGCAAGGCAGGGACCCUGACGGGCCUGUAGAGAGCUGUGGUGAGGCCUGUUCCCUUCUUCGGGUGCCUGAGGACACCCCCAUGUGGCAGGAAGGCAACCAUGGGGCUGUGCCCUUCAGCACCCAGGGUCCUCCCCGGGGGCCACACGGAGAAGCCACCUUCUCCCCGUGGGAAUGCGACCUGAAAACAGAACCCCCAGGCGCUGCCUCACGAGCCCGUUGGGGCACAGACUCCACAGCCCACAGAGCCCUCCAAAGGGAGAGAAGAAAGAUGAUUGAGAAGGACAUACUCCAUAAAGUUACCUGGGAUGCCCGGGGCCCAGCCUGCUGUGACCGAAGUCCAGUGGAGGAAGCACCCCGUGCCGCGGGAGUGGCAGGUCUGAGACCAGAAACACCCCCAGAGGGGCCUCAGGAAGGACCUCCGGUGCUCUCCCUCAAGGAACUUGAAGAGUGGGAUUUGGAUCACAUCCUUCAGAGUCUGGCAGGGCAAGAAGGCAGCAGGGGAGAUCGCGCGCCUACAGCCACGUGGUGGGCAGCUGACCGCCUGGGCCGAGACCACACCCCGCCGAACAGCCAGGACAGGCUCAUGGAACAGCUCAUCCUUCUGUGUGCCACACAUUCCAGAGCCCCUUCUGCCUGGAAGAUGCCUGCUGACACACCUCAGGACACCAUGCAGCAGGAGGCCAGGAGCAGAUCUGCUCCGAGGGAGCCAGGCUUCCAGGCCGAGCUGGGCCUGACACUGGCCGAGAGCAGGCAGCUAAGGAGCCCCGCAGAGCCUCCCACCAUCUUCAUCGAUCUGCGACCCUCGGAGCCAUCAGACCCCGGGUCGGUGGAAAGCUCCAGCCUCAGCUCCAGCUCCUCCGACAGCGAGGAAGAAGAAGAGGCUACAGUGGCCCUCAGAGACCAGCAGGACCCAGCCAAGCAGGAGAGUCCUUCCUCCCGCCGCCUACGGGACUGCACUGGGAAGAGUCAGCUUCUCCAACAGCUCAGGGCAUUUCGGAAGGGGACGGCUCAGCCCAAUUUGCCUGCCACUGGGGGUCCCAGUGGCCAGAAGGCUCAGGUCCCUGAAGAUCCAGCAACUGGGAAAAAGCAACAUAUACCAGCCUGGGCCGAGCGGCAGAGCACCCAGGCCAGAUGCCCAGGGGGAGGUCCCAGGGCGCUAGGGGACGCUCCUGGGCCAGGGACAGCCAGGGAGGCCCUGGUGCCUCCCCUGGACCAACUGUAG